AUGCUUGGUAUCAGUCUUUGCUGUGCAAAUGUUGGGACAUACUCCUACUAUACCGAUAUUCUAGGCCAGCGUCCAGCGGCUAUCAUUAGCACAGCACUUCUCACUAUUUCCCUCUUCAUGGUCGGUGGUCUCACCAAAGUGCAUUGGACAUCAGCGAAUAAAUUGGGGGUUUAUGGCACAGUCGCUGCUAUUUUCCUCUUCCGAGGAGCUUGCUUUUUUGAGUGGACAUCACUUCUCUAUCUUUAUUUCCCUGGAGUGCUCAUUUAUCCCAUCCGCGCUAAUGGAACGGGACUUUUUACUCUCGUUUUCGACGGCCUUGCACUCCUUAUCGUGUUCUCGUUACUAUUUGCUCAAGAAGAAGCCAUGGGCUGGAAGAUAUAUAUGAUGAACGGUGCGUGGGAUGUAGAGGUGGAAUUGAUGUGGAGAUAUUCGGUGGAGAUAUUCGGUGGAGACACAAGGAAAGACACUCGAGGAGAUUGA